GCUCCUUUUCGCACCCCUCAUCUGCCCCAGAUUUAAGAUGAAUAAAUUCUUCUUCACUUCUUUCUUUCCUCCUUCUUUUUCUUCUUCAAUAAUAUUUAUAAAUAUUUUUUUUCUUAAAUGAAGUCUUUAUCAUUUAUUUCAAUAGUAACUGCUGUUAGUUUUCUAGCAAAUACAAUUACAGCACAACAACAACAUGAUACAUCUCCUUUCAAUUGGCCUGACGAUAAACAAAACAUCAUUUCUCCAUAUGCAAAAUCUGGAAAAAUGGAGCAAAUUGGUAGAACUGGUGUAGCUGCCAUGCAUGCUGUGCUUUUAAAUGAAAAUUCUAUUCUAGUGAUUGACAAAGCUGAAUGGAAUGAAGCACAAUUCGAUUCAGGUCAAAGUGCAUUUUCAGUAGAAUAUGAUUUGAAAACAAAUACGUAUAGACCUUUAAAACUUGAAACCAAUACUUUUUGUUCCGCAGGCGGCUUUUUGAGUAACGGUACCUUUAUUAGUACAGGCGGAGGCGAAAAGAGAGGUCGAAAUUGGAAAGCUGAACCUGGUUGGCAAUCAAUUCGACAUUUUACACCUUGUACAGAUCAGUCUUGUCUUUGGGAAGAAUACAAGACUGGAAAGAUGACAGAGAAUCGUUGGUAUCCUACUGUUGAACAAUUACCUGAAGGUGACAUCUUUAUUAUUGGUGGUUCUACAAAGGGCGCAGCUGUGAAUCGUGAUGAAAUUAAUGUUCCUUCUUAUGAAUUUUGGCCUCCUCGACCUGAAGGCGAAGUUCAUUUCCCAUUUUUAAUUGAAACAAUGCCCUAUAAUCUUUACCCUUUUGUUUUCGCUUUACCUGAUGGUAAUUUAUUCAUCUUUGCCAAUAGGGAUUCUAUCAUUUAUGAUUAUAAUAAUCAAAAGAUUGUAAAAAAAUUACCUAAAAUUCCUGGUAACCCCCGUUCUUAUCCUUUGACAGGUGGUGCCAUCAUGCUUCCUUUAGAUCCCAAGAAUAAUUAUAAUGUUGAAAUCCUUAUUUGUGGUGGCUCUGAACGAAUGAAGAAUAAUGCCGUCGCUGAUGAUACGUGUGGUCGUAUCAACUUGGGUGACGAGAACCCUCAAUGGGAAAUGGAGACAUUUGUUCAUAAGCGUCUUAUGCCUGAUGGUUUAAUUAUGGCGGACGGUAAUCUUCUUUGGGUCAAUGGCUGUCAACGUGGCUGGGCUGGUUAUAAUGGUCGUAAUCAUGAUCCUACCUUUGAUCCUCUUAUCUAUACUCCUACUGCUCCUGCAGGUCGACGUUGGACUCAAAAUUUAGCAAAUACAGAUAUUGCUCGUAUGUACCAUUCUGUUGCACUUACUUUACCUGAUGGUCGUGUAUGGAUUGCUGGUUCUAAUAACGUAGAUCCCCCUGAUAUCAAUGCUGAAUAUCCCACUGAAUUCCGUGUUGAAUACUUCUCUCCUCCCUAUUUAUUCAAGACAGCUACAAGACCAUUAGUCUCUCAUGUUCCUCGUGUAGUCACUUAUGGUCAAUCCUUUGAUGUCCUUAUCAAUCUGGAAGGUCUUGCUACCUCUGCAACUGAUGCUUCUAAAAUUCGUGUUGGUUUACUUCGUACUGGCUUUAGUACUCAUUCUAUGCACAUGUCUCAACGUUAUGUAUUUUUGGAACAUGAAGUCUCUGAAGAUUUACAAACUUUAAAAAUCACUGCUCCUCCUCAUGCUGCUAUCUUCCCACCUGGUGCAGGUAUCAUGUAUGUUCUCUUUGACGGUGUACCUUCUAUGGGUACUGAAAUCUUUGUUGAAAAACAAAUUAGUGAUUUAAAGAUUUAAUACUAUUCAACAUUUUAUUUUUAUUUUUAUUAUCAUUAUUAUUAUCAAUUUACCUCCAUCGCAUUUGCUUUUUGUCGUUUCUUUGUUUUCAGUAUUAUAUUUAUUGAAAAAAAAAAAAUACACAUAAAUAUAUUCAAAUCUAUAUUCUAUUUUCUGCAUUAUAUAACUGCUGAUACACACUGUUUUUUUUUCUUCACUUAAUAAAAAUAGAUAUAUAGCUUGUACAAAAUAUAAUAUUCAUUUUCUUAAUAC